UGUCCCCUGUGAGUCAUGUGCAGGAGGCCAGGCGGCUCGCCUUACAGGGCUGGGGCCACCUCUAUAUAUAGCCCGGCGAGGACAGCUGCGCACUUUCAGCGCACCCCAGCAGGAAAGCAAGGGUGGAGAGGAGCCCCUUGGCUCUGUCGCUGCACCCUGGGCCCCCACCAUGGCGCUGGGCUCGGAGCAGGCGGAGGAGCAGCGGUUGUACCAGCAGACGCUCCUGCAAGACGGGCUCAAGGACAUGCUGGACCACGGCAAGUUCCUCGACUGUGUGGUGCGGGCGGGCGGGCGCGAGUUCCCGUGCCACCGCCUGGUGCUGGCCGCCUGCAGCCCCUACUUCCGGGCGCGCUUCCUGGCUGAGCCGGAGCGCGCGGGCGAGCUGCGCCUGGAGGAGGUGUCCCCGGACGUGGUGGCCCAGGUGCUGCACUACCUGUACACGUCGGAGAUCUCGCUGGACGAGGCGAGCGUGCAGGAUUUGUUCGCCGCGGCGCACCGCUUCCAGAUCCCGUCCAUCUUCACCAUCUGCGUGUCCUUCCUGCAGAAGCGCCUGUGCCUCUCCAACUGCCUGGCCGUCUUCCGCCUCGGCCUCCUGCUCGACUGCGCGCGCCUCGCGGUGGCUGCCCGCGACUUCAUCUGCGCGCACUUCACGCUAGUGGCGCGCGACGCCGACUUCCUGGGACUCUCGGCUGACGAGCUCAUCGCCGUCAUCUCCAGCGACGGCCUCAACGUGGAGAAGGAGGAGGCGGUGUUCGAGGCGGUGAUGCGGUGGGCGGGCGGCGGCGACCCCGGGGCGCAGGCCGAGCGCCAGCGCGCGCUGCCCACGGUCUUCGAGAGCGUGCGCUGCCGCCUGCUGCCGCGCUCCUUCCUGGAGACCCGCGUAGAGCGCCACCCUCUCGUGCGUGCCCAGCCCGAGUUGCUGCGCAAGCUGCAGAUGGUGAAGGACGCGCACGAGGGCCGCAUCACCACGCUGCGCAAGAAGAAGAAGGGGAAAGAGGCCGCCGGGGCCGAGGAGGCCGCCAAAGGCACAUCCGAAGCCAAGGAGGACGAGGAGUCCGAACGCGUUUUACCUGGGAUCCUCAAUGACACCCUGCGCUUUGGCAUGUUCUUGCAGGACCUUAUCUUCAUGAUCAGCGAGGAGGGCGCUGUGGCCUACGAUCCAGCAGCCAACGAAUGCUAUUGUGCCUCCCUCUCCAACCAGGUCCCCAAGAAUCACGUCAGCUUGGUCACCAAGGAGAACCAGGUCUUUGUGGCUGGAGGCCUUUUCUACAACGAGGACAACAAAGAGGACCCCAUGAGCGCUUACUUCCUUCAGUUCGACCACCUGGACUCAGAGUGGCUGGGGAUGCCACCGCUGCCCUCCCCACGCUGCCUCUUCGGCCUGGGAGAGGCUCUCAACUCCAUCUACGUGGUCGGCGGCCGAGAGGUCAAGGACGGCGAGCGCUGCCUGGACUCGGUCAUGUGCUACGACAGGCUGUCGUUCAAAUGGGGCGAAUCGGAUCCGCUGCCUUAUGCCGUGUAUGGCCACGCGGUGCUCUCCCACAUGGACCUUGUCUACGUCAUUGGCGGCAAAGGCAGCGACAGGAAGUGCCUGAACAAAAUGUGCGUCUAUGACCCCAAGAAGUUCGAGUGGAAGGAGCUGGCACCCAUGAAGACCGCCCGCUCACUCUUUGGUGCCACGAUCCAUGACGGCCGCAUCUUUGUGGCGGCUGGAGUCACCGACACAGGGCUGACCAGCUCUGCCGAGGUGUACAGCAUCGCAGACAACAAGUGGGCGCCUUUUGAGGCCUUCUCGCAGGAGCGCAGCUCGCUCAGCCUGGUCAGCCUGGCGGGCACCCUCUAUGCCAUCGGUGGCUUUGCCACCCUGGAGACCGAGUCCGGAGAGCUGGUCCCCACAGAGCUCAACGACAUCUGGAGGUAUAACGAGGAUGAGAAGAAGUGGGAGGGUGUCCUGCGGGAGAUCGCCUACGCGGCAGGUGCCUCCUUCCUACCUGUGCGGCUCAAUGUGCUGCGCCUGACCAAGAUGUGACCGGCUCAGAGGCCUCGAACUAAGCGCCCCUCCCGUCCUGCGGUGCUCACAGACCUGGCCUCCUGGGGGCUCCAAGGAGGAGGCCGGGAGAGGCCGAAGCGCCCCUGGAUCCAGUUGUGGUGCCCGGGCUGCUUCAGCCAGGAAAGGGAAAUGCCUGCCUCGUCCUAGCUUUUGGGCAGGGCCAAGAAACUAGAGGCUUCUCCCGUGUCGCCAUAUCCUGCCGGGUCUUCUUGGUCCACGAGCCAGAACCACAGGGGUGGAUCCCAGGUGCACCCUGGCCCUGCCCCAGCCUGGCUGUGUGUGCCACGUAAGUCCCCACAGAUGGGAGUGUCCCCAUCAAGCAGACCUUGCAACGUGGAUAAGUUUCCUUUGCUGAGAAGAAUAAAGUGCCUUCUGAGCAAGCAGCUUAGGUAUGGAAUCAGGUGCCAAGUCAGCGACCUGGUGGUUUGGAGAUCUGGGGCGUCAGCGUUCUGCAGUUGGGUCACCAGGGUCGGCAGUCUCUGCCCUCCAUGUGCUGUCUCCUCCACACUCUGUGUGUGGCCCUCCCUGAGGCCUAGAGCCCCCCGCUCCUCAGCCAGCACAGACAAGGAGCAGGAGACUGCUGGGAGAAGGGGCAGAGCAUGGCAGACUGUGGUAGAAAAGUCUUUUAUUGUGUCAGUCGGCUGCAUCUGGCCGGGCUGGGGCCUGGGGCCCAGGAAUAGCUGAGCAGAGCCUGUCCCUGUCCCCCUCCCCCUCUCCCCCCUACUCUGGCUUCUCUUUGUCCUGCUUCUGCUCCUCCUCCAGUGCCAGGGUUCGCUCACGCUCCUUCACCAGCUGGACACCACAGUAGGUGACAGACAGGACGGCCAGCGUGGUCUGUGGGAACCCUGUGUAGGGAAGAAGCUGUCGUCGAUGCCCCGGAGCAGUACACCUUCCUCAGUGACUCUUCUCUUCCCAUCCCUCUCGCUGCUCGACUGGCCCUCCCUGCCGAGUCCCUGGGGCGCUGGGCGGGGUAGGGGCAUUUCAGAAGGUCAGAGUCCUAGAGGUUGAUGCCUGGCACGUUCUGUAUCCCACACUCCUGCCCCUCACCUGUGAGUAGCAGGCGCCGGGCAACCAGCUCUGUGAACUCGAGGCUGUUCAGGCUCACA